GGUUGCCAAGGUUGAAACAUGCUGCUCAAGAGGGUAGAGUGCAUGUGCCUUUAGAUGUGUGCAUGUUUCUGAAAUAAACUCUCCAUAGCAUGGGUGUCAGGUGAAAAUGGUUCCUGGCUUUAUAAUUUGCACAUCUGUUUUGGAGAGUAGUGCUCUGUCAUCAGUUUUGUAGUUGUAACGGUUGCAAACACAGCACAGCACCGUGCUUGGAAACAAAGGGUUGAAACCUUAAGGGUAAAGUAACAUGGGAGGGCAGGUGUUCUGAGAACGUCCAGUUCUUACUCAUAGAAACGUGGCGUGGUCAUCUGGCUUCAGAAGUGGUCGGAGUCCCUCCAUGCAACCCACAUUCUGGGUUCUUGUAAAGGUGUAGCACUGCUUUGGUUGGUUGUCAGUUCUGGAUAUCCCGUGCCAAGCUGAAGGAUUUCCAACUGUAGGACUGGCAGCCUUCCCCUUUGGGUGGGGUUGGGAUUCUGGAUGUUGCCCUCCCAGCCCUUCUGGACGGGGCCUGGCUGCGAUGGCUGCUGGGCCAUCUCUGCUUUGUUACCGGUUUGAAAUUCUCUCCGCAGCGAGUGCAGUGAAGCUAAACAAGCAGCAGACGGACAUUGCGGUGAACUGGGCCGGAGGCUUGCACCAUGCCAAGAAGUCAGAGGCUUCCGGCUUCUGUUAUGUCAAUGACAUCGUCCUGGCUAUCUUAGAAUUGCUAAAGUACCACCAGAGAGUGUUGUAUGUUGACAUCGACAUCCACCAUGGCGACGGUGUGGAGGAAGCCUUCUACACCACAGACCGUGUCAUGACAGCGUCCUUCCAUAAGUAUGGGGAAUAUUUCCCAGGAACUGGGGAUCUGCGGGUGAGAAUGGGAACUUGAGAUGCAUCUUCCUGGGUAUCUAAUCCCUCUCCCUUCUGUUCGGGUGGAUCGCACACUUUCCAGGCCCCGUUAGCAAGAGAGCUUUGCAUGGUCCCACUCCCCUUCCAAAACAAGCUAGCUCAUGGGUCUGGGCCAGAGGUUCUAGCACACCCAUUCGCAGAUUGAAAAGUUGAAUGCAACAGAGAGCACAUCGCUAAAUGUAACCCCUGAAUGCAGGACUGGAGGGUAAUCCCACUACUUUUAUUGACUGUUCCUAUAACUGAAAUAAGCUCAGGUCACAGUACCUGGCUGGCGUUUCAACUCAAAAGCUGGGUCAAUCAGACAAGGAAAUUCCAGGUCUGUGCCCUAGACUGGGAAGCCUGAAGAAUGUUCCAGAAGAAGGCAGUGGCAACUCUCUUGUGUUUCCCAAUUAAUGUCUCCUUUAAUCCCCAGAAGUCAGCUUUGACUUGAAGGAAACAUUGCCUUGAUAACAGAACUGAGCUUUCUUUCUUAUCGCCUGUUCAGAUUGCAGCCUUUUGCAUGCUAGGCAGAGGCAGAGCAGGGCCCUUGGCCUAGAAAAAGCUAUGCAUCCC